GUGAAGCGAAGACUUCACAAACAACAGAGUAGCAAGCCCGGCCUUGGAGAGUAUCCUCUGUGCCACAGACCAGAGUAGUCUGGGACAAAAUAGAGAGACAGACAGACAGACAGACACAUAGAGUGAAAGAGGAGGGUCCCUUUAAUUGAGAAGUUGCAUAGGCACAGAUGUAGACACAGAGAAAAGGAAAAAUUAAAAGGAAGUGUGAGUGGACGAAAAAGUUGGAGGGGAGAGAGAGACUGUGUCGUCUGUUCUCCCCUGUAUCUCUGGAGGGAGCUAUGGCAGAAAACAGCACUCAUCCUAUUUUGGAGAUACUGGAGUCCUUUGGAUUGAGGGAUGUGAUCCUAGCCUUCUGUCUUUCUAUGGUUGUUGGUCUGCUGUUGGGUGCUCUGGUCUACGUGACCUUGACCUGGAUGUCCCAUCGUCGAGCUUCAGCCACUAUCACCCGGCUGCCUGUCCACCAGUCCCGUUCCUCUACCCGCUCAUCCUCACCUCGCUCUCGGCCUGGAUUCAGUCGACAUAGCAGUGGCUAUGACCGCCGCAGCAACAACAGUCUGGCUAGCGCUGCCUUCUCCUUCCAUCGGCAAACCUCUUCCUCACCAACAGACUAUGGUGACUCAAUGGGCCGCAAAUCUAGCUUCCGGGCCUCUACCUUUCAUCCUCUUCUCCAGUGUAGCCAGAUUGCUCGUGAGGCAGAGGAGGGUGCCCAGGGUAGCCUGCCACGAACCCCCACUCUCACUACAAGCCCUGGGGCAGCUGGUUCCAACAGCACAGUCAGUUCCAUGGUUACUCCACCCAGGGCCAGAACAAGACCGGAUUCAUUCUGGGGCAACAGCAAUCUAAAAGGCUUCCAUGCUGGCCAGACCCCACCACCUGCCUAUGGGAGCAUCAUCCGAGCCUAUCAGGAGACAACCACAUGAACACUAAAGCAUUGGGAAAAAUGAAAUAUACACGUACAAACUUAGACUACAAAAUUGGACAACUAAAAUGUUCUCAGUUGAGAUAUGGAUGUCUUAAACUCUAAUCAGACAUGGCCAGUUCUCAAAAGCCUUUUAUCUUAUAUUUGUUGUGUGUGUGUACAUGUUUAUACUACAUUAUUGGGACCAAAUGUCCUCACAAGGAUAGUAAAACCUUAGAUCACCUAUCUUGUGGGACCCAGCCAGCGGUCCCCACAAGGGAAAUGGCUUCUUAAACAUCCUAAAUUAUGUUUUUUUUUUGAAAAUGUAAAGAUGCAAAAAACAAGUUUGUGUGUGUGUGUGCAUGCGCGCACAUAUGUGUGCAUAUUUCUGUUUGUGCAUAAGUGUGCAAGCUUUAUCUGGAAUGCAUAUUUCAGAGUGUUUGAGAGAAAGAGAGGGAGAAAGUAAGAAAGAGACUUUGAAGGUCAGGGUGAUAGCACAAACAUUGAGACCAUUAUAUGGAUAUUAGAGCACAAAAUGUCUGUUCAUACAAAUUCUUAAAUGUACGGUAUUGCAAACACUAAUUUAAAAUAAUUGUACACCAAACUCAUUAGAUUCUGUAUUUAUUGGUUUGUGUUUAUGGAACUCUAGUCUUUUGGAAUCAUUGUUGCAUUUCUCAGCACAAUUAUACUCAUAGGAAUAAACUGACAUCCUCUUUUAU